AUGACAGGCUUGCAAGACCCACAAGACAAUGGGAAAAGUGGAAUACAUAUACAUUAUCCAAACAAUAAGAAACCUACAUAUGAGAUUUCCAAAGAGCAUCUACUGGAGAUGACAUCACACUUGGAAGCGCUACCCCAGUUUCAAACACUUGAAGAUGAGUCACUGGCCCAUCAUAUUAUUUACCAAAGCAUGGUAGAUAAAUACGCUAGUAAUAAUCAAAACUUCAAAACCAAUCCUCGACUAGCAGAUCCAAGAACGAGAAACAACUUGCUUGAGUUAAUGAAAGAUGUGUAUGGACGAAAAUCGAUAUUGUUUGCUCUUGACGUCGAAGCAUGGGAGCUAGAUACAAAUAUUGUAACGGAAAUAGGGAUUGCAAUUUACGAUCCUCGAGGCCAAGCCGAUUCCCUAAUACCAGCUACCAUUCAACUUCAUAUUCGAAUAAAAGAACACCUAGCUAGAACCAAUGGGAAAUACGUGCCUCAUCACGCACACAAUUUCAAUGGGAAUACUUCUUAUAUAAUGAGUGAGCGUGAAGCUGCUACAUUGACACAAAGUUUGAUUAAUUUCUAUUUCAUCUCAGCAGAGAGCAAGGGUACUGGGUGUUAUCUAGUGGGUCACGAUCUAAAAGGAGAUGUGAAAUGGAUGAACUCGUUGGGUGUGACGUUCCCAUCACAAUUCAAAUCGUUGGACACAAACUACUUGUUCAGGAUAUCGCAUGGGAAGGAAAACAUAAGUUUAAAACGUGCACUUGCUUUUGUCCACAUACCUUUUGCGUAUCUACAUAAUGCUGGGAACGACGCAUACUACACACUAUUGUUGGCCAUGAAACUAUGCGAUCCACACUCGAGGGUUAGGUACAGAUUGGAUGUCUUGAUAAAUGUCGAGACGUAUCCAACAUUGACAAAGGAAGAGAAAAAAGAGAGGAAAAAUAGACGCCGUCAAGAGAAAUUGGAGGCAAUAGCAAGAGGUGAACAUGUAGAACAAAAACCACCAGCACCAAAACAAACAACGAAAAAGUCCAAUAGGAAAAAACUAACAUGUGAAUCUAUUGAAUUGGAGAGCGCUAUAGAAGUCUUUGAUGCUAUGUUUAAGUAA